AUGAAGAUCACAUUGAACUUGACAGAAGUUUCUUAUUUCACACUCGGUGCCCACGUUGACACGGGACAUUUUAAAUACUUAUAUUUCCUGAUACUUUUCAUUUUUUAUGUUUCCAUCCUUUGUGCCAACGUGCUGCUGAUUGUCGUUAUCUGUAUGAACAGAAGUCUACAUGAACCUAUGUACGUGUUUCUGUGCAGCCUGUUUGUAAAUGAACUGUAUGGUAGCACAGGGUUGUUUCCUUUGCUCCUGGUUCAGAUUCUCUCAGACGUUCACACUGUUUCUGCUUCAGUUUGUCUCCUGCAGGUUUUUUGUCUCUACUCUUAUGGCGGCGUGGAGUUUUUCACUUUAGCCGUCAUGUCCUAUGACAGAUAUCUUGCUAUAUGUUGUCCUCUGCAGUACAACACACGUAUGACUUCUAAUAAGAUUGCCAGGCUCGUUGCUUUAAGUUGGAUUUAUCCUCUAUUAAACAAUACUUUCAUCAUCUUUUGUCUGACUGCCCCUUUACAUCUGUGUGGAAACAUCAUCAACAAGGUUUACUGUGAUAAUUAUUAUAUCGUCAAACUGUCGUGUUCUGACACCUCAGUCAACAACAUCUUUGGACUCACUCACAUGUUUACAGUCAUUUUUGGUCUCAUCAUUUUAAUCCUCUACACGUACGUGAGGAUUUUAAAGGUUUGUUUCUCUGGUUCCAAACAGACGAGACAAAAAGCCGUCAGCACCUGCACCCCCCACCUGGCCUCGCUGCUCAACUUCUCCUUCGGGGCUUUCUGUGAAAUAGUUCAGAGCAGGUUUGAUUUGAACAGCCUUCCCAAAGUGUUACGUGUUGUUUUAUCGUUGUACUGGCUCGUGUGUCAGCCGCUCGUCAACCCUUUACUGUACGGACUGCAAAUGUCCAAAAUACGCAUCAUAUACAAGAAUCUGCUCUUUGGGAGGAAAAUGUGA